CUCUCUCAUACUUUCACUCUUCUUUGUUCAUGCAAGAUCCAAAGAACCAUUCAAACACAAGGAAGCCCUGGUAUCAGAGAGCAAAAGAGGUGGCUACCCUAUGGAAAAGCAUUUCCAAAUCCUCAGAAAUUCCCACAGCAAAUGCCACUUUAUGGAGGACAAUGCCAAAAUCACCCCAAGUCCCUACACCAAGUCCCAACAAGAACAAGCUAAGAAAAUGUUCCUCUCUAAAGGUUGCAACUUCCUUUACAAGGGUUUGUCUUUGUGCACCUAUAUAUUCCUACAAUGAGAUUUUGAGAGCUGAGGUUCCACCUAGAAGAAGUAAUAGUUACCCAAGAUCAAAACCAUUACAAACUGCACAAGAAAGAGUUCCUAGUGCUAGGCUCAGCACAGAGGGAAGAAGAGUGUUCAGGGGUAAAUCAUUGACUGAUGAUGUUCUAAUGAGAAGGUUUGUCAUUGAGGAAGAGGCAAUGAUGCAGAUUAGAAGAAGAAAUCAAAUGGAAGUUAUUAGGAAGAGGAGUAUUAUGAGAAGAAAGAAGCUUGGGCCUAGUCCUCUUAGUAGAAUGGUUAUGGCAGAUGAUGAUAUUGGACAAUUUAAUUGA